CAUCUGGAAGUGGGGCAAACGAUGGCGCUCCCUGAAUCUCACAAACCACCCUUGACUGGCACUAAAGGUUUCUUUUGAGAGCUCCCCCCAGGUCACGCUGUAAAUCAUCAAACCAGCUCUCAGCCUUCUGGGUCAUGGCAACACUCCGCGGCCGGUUCCGCUGGCUCUGCUCUUCCGGCCACAGGCGCAGCCGCCGCUCCGGCCUCCAUGGCUGCACUUCCAUGGCGAGUCAACCGAGCGGCCCUUGAGGGAGGAGCUACUUGGGAACUCACUGUCAUUUUUUCUUUAUUAUCUCGGAUCGUCGCCACUGUAGAGACAGCAAGGUCCAAGGCCUUUGCGAUCUGGCUGAGCUUCUCGCCCACUUCAAGCCGUCGCAACACUUCUAAUUUUACGUCCAGGGGAAUUGCUUUCCGUUCCCUUUUGGCAUUUGGGACGGCCUUUGGGGGCCUUCUCCCGGGCACGAUUGCCUCCAGAGUGCAGGGAAACCACAGCAGUCCCCGGGGGAGAGGCCUGUGGACCCGGCUCGCUGGCAGGGCUUGCGGAAGGGAACCCGCUGGCGGAGGCGCAGGGGGGCCUGCCGGGCACGUGGGUCACCACAGGCUGCCCAGCUCGACGGCCCAGCAACAGGCUGCACAUCCUCGACGCGAAGGCGGCAGCCAGGGCUUUGGGGUCCGUCCGUGUCCAAACCCAGGACUGCACAGCUGCAGGCGCAUCCAAACUGGCCUGGGUCUCCGUGUCCAGAGAACAAACAGAAAGUCGUGCCGGGGCGUCACGCUGCGCAGCACCCGCCGAGUCAGCUCCUUCGUUCUGAGGGUUCCCGGGCGCAGUCACACGUGUGCCCGGCACCCCCGCGCGCCGGUCGCAGCGGCCGACCCGGUGGGGCGGGGGGCGUUCGCUUAAGCGGCCGCGGCCCACGGAGGACCCGGAAGUGCGUGUCCUUGUCUGUGCCAGAUUCACAGUCGGUCUAAAGCACUCCUCCCGGCACCGAGUCCGCCUCGUUCGCUGGUUCCCGUGCUCCGCCGUCUGGUAGAGGAAGGCGGCGCUCACGGUCACUCCUUACAGUCAGGCGAGAAGCAGGCUCCUAAGGAGGUCCCGGCGCCGGCUCCGCGGCCUCGCUGCGCAUGCGCACAGCUCCCGAGCCGGUCGGCGGGCUCUGCAUUGCGCGCGCGCGCCCCCCACCGGCGUGUGGUCGCGGCUAAUGGCGCAGCGGCUGGUGGCGGCCGCUCGCGGAGCUGUGGAGAUGCCGCGGCGGCCCGGGACCCGGCAGAACGGCCGGGUCUGGCGUCAGAGCCCCCGAAAUAGCUCCGCAGUGCCUCCAAGGCAGCUGCUUUCAGCCGCUGGUUCUGCCCACAUAACUGCUGUCAUUUUCCCAGCGGCUGUUCCAAACCACCCAGAGGUGGCCUGGCUGGGAGUCGUGAACAGUUCGUGCGUCUUAUUCUUGCCCCUGGUACAUCACCCGAGGUGAGGGCUGGGUUCAAGACUGAUUCCAGUUGUUUUAAUGUAAGGCGUAGCUUUGUAUUUUUCAGAGAAAUGCCUCUUUUGAUUUACCCCCCACAGUCACCCCUGUUCAUGUGACUGUUUAUCUCUCUGACAUGCAUCACUAGCAGCCUUCCAAGCAGACAGGAUUCAGUUUGCCAAGUCAUAUGUGAGGACCACCAGGCGAGGUUUGUGAGGAGAGAAGAAAUAAAAGGCAAAAACAAGGGACAAGGACAGAAUGUUCUUUUUCCGUCUAAAACCUAAGACCCGUGGUUAUUGGUCAGGACAGGGGACCCUCCUGUCGUGAGCAGACUCACCUGCAGAACUAGGCUCUGCUUUGCAGGAAGUGGAGUUGGCGAGUGAGGCGGUGGCGGUGGGGAGGGCACCUCACACUGCUCGCAUCUCGAUUCCACAGAGGUUUGUGUGGUUUAACAUCGGCAGACACCUUUGAGCGGAACCUGGAGACUGCUCAUGUGGAUUUGGCAUCAAGCCUCCCAACCAGGCGGCAAUGGUCUACACCCGUGAGAGUGACGGGAGAGCAACAGGGCUCCAGCACGGGCGCCUGGUUCCGGGCAGAGCGGUGUGGACUGUGCUUUCUUCAAGCGCGUCCGGCGUCUGCUAAUAAUUUUUUAAAAAUAUGUUUUAUUGAUUUUUUACGGGAUAGAGAGCUAGAAGCAUCGAUGAGAGAGAAACAUUGAUCAGCUGCCUCCUGCACGCUCCCCACUGGGGAUGUGCCCGCAACCAAGGUACAUGCCCUUGACCGGAAUCGAACCUGGGACCCUUCAGUCCGCAGGCUGACACUCUAUCCACUGAGCCAAACCGGUUCGGGCAUCUGCUAAUAAUUUUAAUGUCUGUAGUAAGAAAAUAGUUUGUUAGCUCUGUUUUUAUUGAGAAAAGAAUUGAUCAGGUAGGUUAAAAAAGUGGAACACUAGGCUGGGCAGGACGCGUCUGUGAGGAAGCCAUACUGGGUCUGCUGGGGGUGCUCCCCUCCCCGCCACACAGGCCAACCAUAGGCGAAGUCGGGCAGGCCCACAUGGGUGGGAUGAAAAGCCUUCAGAAUUGGGGGAAGGUUUGAUGCCAGGGACAGACUUUGACACUUUUUUGUUGUUGUUAAUCUUCACCCAGGGACAUUUUCUUCAUUGAUUUUUAGAACGAGUGUAAAAGAGGGAGGGAAGAAGAGAAGAGAUAGAAACAUUGAUGUGAGAGAGAAACAUCCAUCAGCUGCCCCUCGCACGUGCCCCUACCAGGGUCCAGAGAUCAAACCUGCAACCGAGGUACCUGCCCUUGGCCAGGAAUUGAACCCGAGAUUCUUCGUCUGCUGAGUGACGCUCUAACCACUGAGUAAACCCGGCCAGGGCUUCCCCCAUUUUUAAAGAAACCCCUCCCUUUUGUGUAUCAGAACAGUUCCAGCCGCUCAGUGGUUGAGUGUGGGCCUAUGGAGGUCACGGUUCGAUUCCAAGUCAGGGCACAUACCUGGAUUGUGGGCUUGAUCCCCAGUGAGGGGCAUGUCAGAGGCAGCCGAUCAGUGAUUCUCUCUCAUCAUGGAUAUUUCUAUCUCUCCCUCUCCCUUCCGCUCUGAAAUCAAUAAAAAUAAAUUAUAUGAAAAAAGCAGUCCCAGAACUGUUGACUCUCCUUGGCCUGAGGUAAUAUUUAUGGCCUUUCUUCUGAUGA